GUCCGCGCGUGGGGUCCCCGCCGCUGCGCCUCGCGCGCUCCGGACCCCGGGCCCCCGCGCGGCCGGGACAAAGCCAUGAAGCCGGCGCUGCUGGAGGCGAUGCGGACGAGCAGGAUCUGCCGGAUGGCGCUGGCCACCUGCCUGGGCUCCUUCAUCCUGGUCCUCUUCUAUUUCCAAAGUAUGUUGCACCCAGUCAUGCGGAGGAAUCCCUUCGGCGUGGACAUCUGCUGUCGAAAGGGGUCUCGGAGUCCCCUGCAGGAGCUGUACAACCCGAUCCAGCUGGAGCUGUCCAACACAGCCGUCCUGCACCAGAUGCGGCGGGACCAGGUGAGCGACGCGUGCCGGGCCAACAGCGCCGCCAGCCGCAAGCGCAGGGUGCUGACGCCCAGCGACCUGAAGCACCUGGUGGUGGACGAGGACCACGGGCUCAUCUACUGCUACGUGCCCAAGGUGGCGUGCACCAACUGGAAGCGGCUCAUGAUGGUGCUGACGGGGCGCGGCAAGUACAGCGACCCCAUGGGGAUCCCGGCCAGCGAGGCGCACGUCUCGGCCAACCUGAAGACCCUCAACCAGUACAGCAUCCCCGAGAUCAACCAGCGCUUGAAGCGCUACAUGAAGUUCCUGUUCGUGCGCGAGCCCUUCGAGAGGCUGGUGUCGGCCUACCGCAACAAGUUCACGCAGAAGUACAACACCUCCUUCCACAAGCGCUACGGCACCAAGAUCAUCCGGCGCCAGCGCAAGAAUGCCACGCAGGAGGCGCUGCGCAAGGGUGACGACGUCAAGUUCGAGGAGUUCGUGGCCUACCUCAUUGACCCGCACACGCAGCGCGAGGAGCCCUUCAAUGAGCACUGGCAGACGGUCUACUCCCUGUGCCACCCGUGCCACAUCCGCUACGACCUCGUGGGCAAGUACGAGACGCUGGAGGAGGACUCCAAUUACGUCCUGCAGCUGGCCGGCGUGAGCAGCUACCUGAAGUUCCCCACCUACGCCAAGUCCACGCGAACUACUGACGAGAUGACCACAGAGUUCUUCCAGAACAUCAGCUCCGAGCACCAGACGCAGCUCUACGAAGUCUACAAACUCGACUUUUUAAUGUUCAAUUACUCAGUGCCAAGCUACCUGAAAUUGGAGUGAAGGGAGGGCGGGCAGGGAGAGGGAGAGAAUCUUGCUUUUUAAUUUAAGAUUUUUUUAUUUGUCAAAAGAAUUCUAUGGAUACUGGGUUAGUUUGUAAAUUAAUAUUUCUUUGGGGGAAGAUGCUGUAAGCAGCAUGGUGAGAGUUAUUUAAGAAUCCUUUGCGGGGAAGGGUGCCGUCUCGGUGGAGGACGGGAUGGGGUGUCCUUGUCCAGGCGUUCCGUCUGCUUCCCUUGUGUCCUGGUGAAUCCCACGAAGUGUGCACCCAUAAAGCCUAAUGAAUAUUAUUUAUAGUUAUUUAAA